CUGCCUUCCUGGCUUUCGCUUUUUUUUCUUUUUUUCCCUCAUAAAAACCUUUUCCAUUCCCAAAAGAGAGAUUUGUCCGUCCAUGUGUUGGGAGCGAGUGAAAUGUGCAUCAGAAACAGGGCUCAAGAUUUGGGAUCGGCUUCUAACACCAACAAUUCCGUAAUCAAACACCCAAUUCGUAAAAUCAGAACCAAAACCAGACGACCCAAGUUCCUCAGCCUCCUAUUGGAGCUGACACCGCCGCGGAAUUCCACUCCGAUGAGCCCCAGGCCGAAGCCGCCGGCGUUGCAGGAGCAGCAGCAGCAGCAGCUGACUCUGUUUCCUCUGCAUCCGGAAAACAUGGUGGAGGACAGAGACUCGAUGCACGACGAGAACGUGGCGCUGAUGUUCAACAGCGACGUGGUGAGCAGCUGCUGCAGCCUGCAGAGCUUGAGCUUCCUGCCGAGUUACCAGAACGACAUGUCGUCGACGGAGGAGGAGUCGCGUAAUUUGGUGGGUGGGAGGGAGGCGGAGGGCGGGAGCUGGCUGGUGCGGGCGGCGAUGAGGAGCCGGGAGAGGGAGGCGGCGGAGGAGGAGAAGUGGGUGUGUUACUCGGAGGUGGUGGAGAAGAAGGAGGAGGAAGUUACGAGCACGGCGGCGGAUGAGUGGGUGGAGAAGAAGUACAUCAACAAAAAGAAGAACAAAAUGGAGAUUAUUGGGAAACAGAAACAGCCGCGGUUGAAGCUUGAUUACGAGGGGAUUUUGAAUGCUUGGUCUGAUAAAGCUCCGCUUUAUAUCAAUGGAGAAUCUCCUCAGACCGUCCCUAAUCUCCAUGAUGAUCAAAUCUUCAGCUCUGAUUCCCUUCCCAAUAGAUGCUGUGGAAUGGGAAGUGAAGGGAAUAGUAAUAAUAAUAAUAAUAAUGUGUGGAAAGUGCCAGAGAUGGAAGGGUGGAAAAUGGGGCAAAGAGAGGCAAGUGUUUUGAGAUACAAAGAGAAAAGGCAAAGUAGGCUCUUCUCAAAGCGCAUUCGUUAUCAAGUUAGAAAACUCAAUGCUGAGAAGCGUCCAAGAAUGAAGGGUCGCUUUGUGAAAAGAAGUUGACAAGGUGAGAAACACAUCGUUUUGAACAUAUAAGGGCAUUCUGGGAAAUGCAUCGCAGUGUAUUUUCUCUUUUCUUUCUUUUUAAAAAAUUUUAAUGUUCUUUUUUCUUUUAUAGAUAUUGUUGCAUUAAUAAAAUACGAUUAAUGUUAAAUGAAAAUAAUGAUUAAUAUAAAUCGUGAUUAAGCUAUUUCUUAGCCGAUUAAACUAC